CCGGAAGAACGUGCCUGCGCUUCCGGAGGUCUGCGACCCUUGCCGUUGCCUCGGUGAUGUCGUGGGUUCAAGCCGCGUCCUCCACUCCGAGCGCUGCUGACGAAGAGGACGUAUUUGACGAGGAAGCGGACGAGUCGCUCCUGGUGCAGCGAGAAUGGCGGAAUCACAUGCAGAGACGAAUCAAAGAAGGUUAUAGAGAUGGACUAGAUGCUGGCAAAGCAGUUACUCUCCAACAGGGCUUCAAUCAAGGUUAUAAGGAAGGUGCAGAAGUCAUUAUAAACUAUGGACAACUCAGAGGAACAUUGAGUGCUUUGCUCUCCUGGUGUCACCUUCAUGAUAAUAGUUCAACUUUGAUCAGUGAAAUAAAUAGUCUUCUGGAUGCAGUUGGCCAAUGUGAAGAGUAUGUGCUCAAACAUCUGAAAUCAAUCACUUCACAGCCUCAUGUUGUAGAUUUAUUGGAUUCCAUUGAGGACAUGGACCUUUGUCAUGUAGUUCCAGACAAGAAAAAGAUUGAUGAAACUAAAGAUGAAAGACUCUGUGAAAAUAAUGCUGAGUUUAACAAAAACUGUGGCAAGAGUCCUAGUGGGAAAGAUUGUUCAUAUUUAGAACGUUGUACAACACAAGAGCAUUCACAUUCUGAAAACCCAAACCUUGCUUGGAUUUUAGAACAGACAGCCAGUUUAGUUAAACAGUUGGGAAUAUCAACAGAUGUUUUGCAGCACCUCAAACAACUAUAAAAAUUAUGUUCCCUUUUCUAAGGAAUGUCUCAGAGCAUUUUGUUUCCUAAUAGGGUAACCAGAAUUAAUACCAUUUCUGCUCUGAACACUUCAGAUGUUAUCCUUCAUGGAAGUUUGCAAUGACUUCAACAUUAACACUCUUAUACUAUAAGCUUUUUCUGUGUCACUGGUAAUUCUUUUGUAGUUUAAGAUAUACUCAGAAAUUCCAGUUGUCAUCAUUUUCAAAUAUCUCAUCAAAAUUGAACAUUUUUAGACUCAUUAACAAAAGCUAACAAGAAUCAAACCUAACACUACUUUCUACUUCCAUCACAAUCAGGGGAUUCAAGACCUCAUCACCAACUAAUCAGACCUAAGUUACCAAAAGUCACCUGAUGGCUAACAUUAUAGACACAGAAAUAAAUAUAUGUAUAGAUAUACAGGUUUAUAUUGAAAGCAGUCUUAAUAUUGUUGAUUAAACAAUUAAAAAUAAGAUAUCAAAAUUCACUUUAGUUACAUAUUGAUUAAAAAUUAGAGGGUUGGGGAUGUAGCUCAGUUGGUAGAAUGCUUGCCCAAGCACAUGCAGAAGACCCUGGGUUCAAUCCCCAGCACCACCAAAAUAAUAAUAAGGACAUUCCAUAAAAAAUACAGAAAAUCCAUUUCAUUCUCAAGUACCUAGUUUUUCCAAAUAGUAAAGAGUUAUUAGUGUUACUUAAUAUUCCAGAUUAUUCUAAAUGGCUGUUUUGCUUAAAAUUCACAUAAGAAACAACUGGCUUCUGUAUUACCUUAAAGUGAAUUUUUUAUUCUAGCAUAAAUUAAAGAUUCAAAUAUUUACUUGAGGAUCUAAGCAUGUACUAAACUUGGAAAAUAAUUUUUCGUCACUUUUUUCCACCUGAAAUACAAAUUUAUAUGAGGUAGCCAAUUGGAGAGGCACCCUGGUAAUUGUCCUUCAUUGGUAGCCUUAGCUGCUAUUUCAUCAGUAUUUUUAUGUACCAUACAUGCUAAAAGACAUAUCACUGUAGUGAGAGAAUCUGCUAAAAUGUCUUCAAGGGACAAAGAAAAUGUACUAUGAUCUUAGAGCCCUCUUCAGAGUUCAUAGAACUUUGAAAAAUUGAGGCAACAAAUUUUGAAAUAAGAAUACCAUAGCACUGGGGUUGUUGCUCAGCAGUACAGCGCUCUCCUGGCAUGGGUGGGGCACUGGGUUAGAUCCUCAGCACCACAUAAAAAUGAAGGUAUUGUGUUCACCUACAACUAAAAAUAUAUUUUUUAAAAAAGAAUGCCAUAGAGUUUCAGAUUUUAUAAAAACCUGCUGAAGCUAUCAAAGUGACAUUUGGUACCUGGUUUUAAAAAAUGUGCCCAUAUCCAGAUAUGAACACCAUUUUAGAGAUUUACUAAUUCAUCUUAUUAUAUAUUAUUCCAUAUUUUUAGAUGCAACCAAAAUCUAAAAUCCACAACAGAAUAUUAAAAGCAAUCUCAAGUCUUGUUUUUGUUCUGUCCUGCAUAUUACUUGUGAAAUAUCUAUCUCUAGUGAUAUUAUCGCAAGAAGGUCACACUGAGUAAAAACUUAAUGAUGUUAUUGAGAUUUUAUCUGGGCUUCCCCAAUAAGAUUCCCAAAAGAUAAUAUCCCUUGACACCAUUGAUUACAUAGAGCCUGUUUAUAGAAAUGUUUAUAGAAAAUGAAGUCAAAAGAAUUCACUGAGUUGAUGAUAAGCCUCUGCACUAGAACCAACAAGAGCAAAGGAAGUCCUGCUUCACUUUUGAUUUUUUUUUUCUUUUGCCUUGGUUUAUAUGUUUGUAGGCAUGCCAGGUCUUCCCAUGAGAAGACUAUAGAUGAAUAUAAUUGGAAAGGCAAGAUUGCCCCAGUACCAGCACAGCUAGAGUGUCAAGGCCAAGGACCCAGACAUUAGGCUGAGUAAUAUGUUUUUUAGAAGCAGAAAUUGCAUCUAUAGUAAGUUAUUUCUAGGUGUUGACAUAUCUGGGUAUAUACAUACAUAUUUUGUUCUGGGUAUAUUUUUUAACAAAUCGGGGAGCUCCAUUUUCUGACAUUUCAAUUGCUGGAACUGCUGAGGACAUAAAAUUUUUUAUGAUAUGUGAACAGGAACUAAGCAACUGGAUUCACCUACUUGCAUCUUAAUCUCAUUUACAAUCACAUCACUUCAUGGAAUGCAUUCUGAGAAACAUAUCAUCGGGUGAUUUUAUUGUGUGAACACUUGAAUGUGCUUCAACUAAGAUGGUUAUGAUGUCACUAGGUGAUGUAAUUUUAUAGGACCACCAUUGUUUCUCUGUGACCCAUUGUUAGCCACAAUGUUGCUAAACUGCACAAGAAUCUGUUAUCACCAUUCAAAUGUUUACUUCCUAUUCAUACUUCCACUUUAAAUUGCUUUUUGCUAAGGAUGCUGAUAGCUAAAGUCACACAUCUGCCCAUUACUGGCUUGUUUUCGGUCCUACCACUUGUCUCUCCAACAAUGGACACAACCAACGAACCUUACAAUCCCUUCUGCUUGUAUUCCGCAGCAUAGUUUUUAUUUUUGUCCUAGGUGUUACUAUUACCUAUCAUUUGCUAACUCUCCCCUUUUCUGUCUGCCCCUUAACUGUGAGGAUUCCCCAGAGUUUCAUUCUUGGAUCUUUUUUUUGUUUUUACACUCUUAAGCAGAGAACCUCACCUCCUCCUAUGGUUUCAAUUACACUGAAUAUCCCAAAGCUAAUAUUUCAACCCCAUCCUUCUCCCAAGCUCCAGACAUAAAUUUGCAACUGCCCAUUUCUUAUGCCUAUUUCAGUGGCUUAGCAUAAACAGCAUUUCUAAACAGAUUUCCUAUUCCCUUUCCCUCUCAUUUCCAUCCCAAUUUAUUUUGUGUGCCUGUGCAUGUAUGUGUGUGAAACUGGAGAUUGAACCCAGAACUAGGCAAGUACUCUACCACUGAGCGAUAUUCCCAGACCUUUACUUUGCCUUUUGUAUUUUCAAUCUAUUAACAUCAUCUCUGUUCACACAAAGCUAGAAAUCUUUAUGUCUUUCUCUGCCUUUCCUUUCCACCACACCCUACUUAAUUGUCAAUUGAAUAUUUUUACUCUUCAGAACAUUUUGAAUUUGACCUUUCAUUUGAAUCAUCAGAUUUUAAAUUAAGUUUUUGCCUCAUUACUGUUAGUACUUCCAAUUUAGGUCAUUUCUUUUUUCUUUUCCUUAUCACUAUUAUCUUCCUGAAACAGUUUAUUUCCCUGAUUUAAAACCUCAAUUUAGGACUGGGGUUGUAGCUCAGUGGUAGAGUGCUUGCCUGGCACAUGUGAGACACUGGGUUUGAUCCUCAGUGCCACAUAUAAAUAAAAAAAAAUGAAGGCAUUGUGUCCAUCUACAACUGAAAAUAACAUUAAAAAAACUGACUUAUUACUCUUUUUUUCUACUAAGUAAAUUAUAAACAUGAAUUCAGUUCUGAGCCCAAGCAGCAUUGUGAGUCUUAUUUCUUUCUGCCUGCUUCUACCCCACCAUGCACUCCACACUUAUUAUACAAUACUACAAUUCUUUUGAAACAUAAUAGAGCUACUCCCAACCUCCAGUUUUACUCAUUGCUGACUCUUCUGCUGAGAAUACUUCAUUCUCCAUCCUUCUUUCCCAGAAAGUGCUUAUUUAUCCUUCAAUGCUAGCUUAAAUUUCAACUUCAUCAGUCAAAGAGUUAGUUUAUUUCCCCAAUAUACCCUCUGUAUCACUUUGAGUAUCUCCUAACUUCAGAAUUCUCCAAGAACGGGUAACAUCGACAGCACUUAGCGUCAUAUCUUAUAACAGAUGCAUAGGGAAUAUUCGAUGAAUCGAGGAAAAAAAAUGAGUCUACUAGGCAAAAUGACAAUAUAACAAGAAAUAUAGUAUUCCAAAAUACAUCAUACAUCCUUUUGUUUUUAGAAGACAAAACAAACCUUUAUGUUUGCCUUAUUUUAAAAAAAAGUCCAUUGUUCCUCCUCAUUUUUUAUAUUAAUCAUAAAAAUCCAUGUAUCCAGAUUGUAUUAUACCAGGCUAAAUACUAACAUUAAGACAAUAGCACUUAUCAGUCAUUAAAAACUAUACUUCUGAGUUGGGCACAGUGGGUGCAUGCCUAUAAUCCUGACAAGUUGGGAGUCUGAGGCAAGAAUCAUAAGUUUGAGGCCAGCUUCAACAACUUAACAAAACUGUCUAAAAAUCUUUUAAAGGCCUAGGAAUGUAGCUAAGUUCAAUCCCCAGUACUGCUAAAAGAAAAAAAUUAUACUGCAAUAUAAUAUAAAGGCCUAAAACACAUAAAAUUAUAUUUUAGUAAGUCUCACCCAUUAAGAAAGUACAGAAAGAAACUACACAAAAGAAAAACCUGGAUGAAAACAGUUUAAUAAAUUAUUCGUUUCUAGCAGGAUGCCUGGUGCAUCGUUUUAAUGAUGCUAAGAAGGAGCUGAAACAAGAGGAGGAAAUAGGGCAAGUAAUAGCUAACAGUGCUUACUGUAUACAGGCACUGUUCUAAAAACUUUACAUAUUUAAUUUGUUUAUUCUCAUAACAACCCUAUGCCACAGAACUAUUAUUAUCCCAUUCUAUGAUAGGAAAAAAAAAAAGUAUGAAGAAGGCUGAACAAGUUGUCCAAUUCACAGCUAUGAAAUGACCUGGUUGAGAUUUAAACCUAUGUUAAGUCUAGCCUCAGAAUUUGUGCUCAAGGUAGAUGCUCACUAAAUAAUAACAAAGUAGCAGCGAUCAUGUUUAGUGGGGGAAAUAUGAACUAUAUUUUCCCCUUGCUGUUUCUACUUAGUAUUUCUACUGCAUUUUCAAGACUUCCCCACUCCACAAGUAUUAUUUUUAUAAUAAAUGCGAAUAAUAAUAAAUGAAAGUUUCUCAGAAAUUUGUCUUCUCUACAUCUAAAACAGGAAAAAUACCAUUCCUGCUCACUAGGGGAGAGAAUCUCGAUCAUUUAGAAUGUGGUAUAGAAAGAUAUGUUCAACAUAAACAGAAACUAAAUUCUCCUUAGACUCCUUAGACUUCAUACUUCCUCACAGGAGGAUAAUCCAAGUCAUUCAUUUCAUGAUAAUGUGUCUUUACCAUUCAUAUAUUCCUACUUAAAAAAAAAAAAGACUGUUAGCUCACCUCUUA